AUGUCUCUGCACUAUCUUCCUCCCGUUAAACCUUCGGCCAUUGCCCUGGGCACUUUCUUCAACCACGGCGUUGAGCUGGCCGUCCUUGGGCCCGUCUUUGGCCAGACGUAUCAGCGUGCCAAGGCUGCCAACACCAAGGAGGAGUUUGUCAGGUCCAAGGAGGCGAGCGGUGCCGCCAUCGCCUGGGGCACUUCUUUUGUCGGGUCCGCCCUGCAGAGCUACGGAGUUGGGGCCUUGAUCAACGCCACGGGCACGCUGACCUACAGGGGCGCUGCUUACCUCGGGGGGUUGAUCUUUGCUGCCACCGCUGCUCCCAGCUUCCUCGGUCAAAUCUUCACGGAGAAACGCCCCAUCGACACCGUUGGAGUCAGUGUCGCUGCCAAGCUUGUCGAAACCGUUGGACUGUCGCUGUUCCUAACUUGGUGGGGAACCCGCACUAAUCCCUUUGAAUAG